AUGUCGACCUCUCCUUCAGGAACGGUUCGUGUUGAGAGCCCCCAUACUCACGUACCAAAUCAGAAUGAUGCGGAGGACCAUCAUGAUCAUCUUCCCCAGCUCCAUGGCGCCUCCACGAUCCCAGACGACAUCUUGGAGGACAAAAUUCUGGACAGCCUUCAACAGUUAGAUGACGAAUGGCAACAUGACCCAGUCAACCCCAUGAAUUGGCCUUCAGCAAAAAAAUGGACAACCACUGCAAUCCUUGCGCUCUACACGUUUGUAGCUCCGUUAGCAAGUUCUAUCAUGGCACCUAGUUUACCGGACGUGGCCAUAAAAUAUGGGAUAACCAAUCCAACGGUCACAGCGUUGACUCUUAGCAUUUUCCUUCUGUCAUUCGCCAUCGGUCCUCUAUUUACCGCACCGUUGUCCGAAGUCUAUGGUCGUGUGUGGGUUCUCCACAUAGCGAACCUCUUCUUCCUCGCGUUUAAUCUCGGCUGUGCUUUUUCACCCAACACUGCAUCUUUCAUCGUCUUUCGGUUUCUAGCUGGUUUUGCGGGGAGCGCGCCCAUAGCAUGCGGCGGGGGUGUCGUUAGCGACCUCUUCUCCGAACACGAUCGUGCCUCCGCUAUGGCACUAUACUAUAUCGGACCCUUGAUAGGUCCCGUUGUCGGGCCCGUCAUGGGAGGCUUCAUCGCAGAGUCGGUUGGCGUACAAUAUGAUUUCUAUAUCGUCGUAGCGAUCUGUGGUGUCGCCGCAGUGCUUGGAAUCCCUCUCAUGAGAGAAUCCUAUGCACCAGUUAUUCGCCUUCGUCGUCACAAAUUAUCUCCGGAUCUCGAAAAGGUAGCCGAAGGACAUCCUGUCUUCGCCGCACACCACAUGAAUAAAUGGGCUUACUUAUGGAUCAAUCUCAAACGACCCGUUAUCCUUUUGACUCGGAGUUUUAUAUGCUUCAUCCUGAGCCUAUACAUGGCUCUGAUUUAUGGUAUCUACUACUUGAUGUUUGCUACGUUCCCCAACCUCUUUGCGGAAGUAUACCACUUCAGCAUCGGAAUGGGAGGUCUGACAUACCUUGGACUUGGCGUUGGAUUCAUAUCUGCCACCAUUUUCGGUGCCAAAAUUUCCGACAAGAUAUACAUACGUCUCGCCGCAAAAAAUGGAGGAAAGGGUAAGCCAGAGAUGCGCGUGCCGGCUCUGAUAUUCGGUUCAUUAUUCGCCCCGGUGGGACUACUUUGGUAUGGCUGGUCUGCUCAAGCCGAGCUCCACUUCAUGAUGCCUAUCAUCGGUACCACUAUCUUUUCAUUCGGAUUAAUGACAACUUUCCUCCCAAUUCAACUAUACCUCGUUGAUACAUUUACCUAUGCUGCAAGCGCAAGCGCAGCUGCUUCUACGCUCCGUUCGUUGCUCGCAUUCGCAUUCCCUCUCUUUGGACAACAAAUGUUCGCCGCACUCGGUUAUGGGGGAGGCAACACCCUUCUUGCAGGUCUUUCCAUUGUCAUCGGUAUACCGUUCCCCAUCUGGAUAUAUUACGCUGGUGAACGUAUACGUGCAAGGAGCUCUCUGUCUCGUUGA